AUGGAAUCGCCCAGCGUUUUCGGACGCUUCCCGCAAUCAAGAUUAGACAGCAAGUCGAGACCUCGAUCAAGAAUCACAGAAUGGGUAAGCGGACUUGGGGAACAUGCGGAACUCAUCGUGCCUACCUACGGAGUCAUCACCCACGGCAUUUCUACAAGCACUAUCAACAUCAAGGACCAGAAAGCGACCAUCCAGCAAAUACUCGCAGACAACUACACAGUCAUCCCCAAGGCGGAGAUCUCAUAUGUGGGAUGGCUAACCCGAGAAUCACCUCUCAAACGCGCAUCCUCAAUCGUGGUGGAGUUCACGGACCCAGAAAUGGCCAACGCCAUCAUCUACGCAGGGAUGGCGUGGGACGGACAGAUACAUACAUGUCAACUCUAUGAUCGCGCCUGCAGAGUCAAGCAAUGCUUCCGGUGCUACAAUUACGGCCACAUCGGCACUCAAUGCGAUGCAGCCCAAACAUGUGGCUAUUGCGCCGAGCUACACGAGACCAGGAACUGCACGCAGAAGGGAGUGGAAGGCUUCACUCCCAGUUGCCCAGUCUGCAAAGGUGCCCACACGGCAUGGAGCAAUGCCUGCCCAGCAAGGAGGAAAGAAUUGGGAAGAGUUGAGCAAGCAAAGCAGGUUCGAAACAGCUACUGGCAGGUGCCCCCCAAAGACGAACCCCUUGAGAACAACAACUCGCGGAAGAGACCACGCCACGCACGCAGCCCCACCCCCAACGAAAUUAUAACAAUAGUGAGCCCUAGAGAAGCACUCCCGGACCAUACAGACACCACCCAAGAGCCUCCACAGGCGCAAGAAGAUCGUGCAACACCAGCACCACAACAUGAACCACAGCAACCGGAGAUCUACCCACAGUUACUGGCGACAGAAGAACCCCAGGAGACCGGUCCGGCGGUAGGUGUCAACCCAAACAUGGAAACUGUCGAGACCAUACCAGCCGAAGCAGCACCAAUAUACCCCCUGGAAACUAUACACGGAGAAUUCAACAUAACUGAGGCGGAUGAAUGGCUGGCCAGUUUAGCAAACAACGUUGCCGAGGACUGGAUACACGACCCUGGAACGGUGGAUACUGUUCCGACAUCCAUGGCAACGAACACUCGCACGGCUCAAGGACACAUCUACAAGGCGUGCAAAUGUCCAGAGCACCAGGAAAUCUACAGCAGCUGGCCAGCACAAGACGCGGAGCUGACGAUCGCCCACUGCAUGAAGAUAUGCAUGUACUGCGGCAGAGACUUCCCGCUGGCAGCUGAAUUACGCAAGCAUUUGAAAAGAAAGGAGUACUCGUCUCGAAGCCUGACACGCCUUCACCCCGGGAUGGACGCAGAGGCCCCGCGUAGAGCGGCCAUUCCGUCAGCUGAGGAACCGGGUGACCCGGAGCCGAUCCCGAAGCCGAUCCCCUACAAACUGCCCCGAAGCAACGCCUCUCCUAUGCUAGAACACCAGGAACUACGCAUCUUACAGUACAACGUGUGGAAGUCGAGAGACGUCGUCCUCGCCAGCCUGUUCCAAAACCGAAAAAUCCUCGACUACGACAUCCUGGCAAUUCAGGAACCGUGGCGAAACCCCUUCAUCGAAACAUCAUAUCACCCCCUCAAGGCACAAUUCCAACUAACAUAUCUCGCCAAUGCCGCAACGAGGGUAUGCCUAUACAUCAGCAAACGAAUCAACCCUGGUACCUGGAGUGUCUCAUACAUCUCUAAGGACAUCAUCUCCCUGCAGAUUCUCAAUCCCCAUUCUGGCAGAAAGGUCUCCGUUUUCAAUGUCUACAAUGAAGUGGGAACCGACACGCUUUCCACGAUGGCAGAAGCGAUCAGAGCACUAAACUCACCUGAGGAUAUCAUCGUACUUGGGGACUUUAACCUGCACCACCCUCUCUGGUCCUCAACACACCGGCACGGGGGUAGGGGACCAAGUGCCCAAGGCCUUCUUACAGUCAUCGAAGAAUUUCAGCUGCAGCUUCUCACAGAGCCCGGAACCCCAACCCACCGAUGGAAGGAUGGAGAGUCUACGAUUGACCUAACAUUUGCCUCGGAAGAUUUAGCAGACCGUGUGACCCACUGCAAGGUUGAUAGGGAAGUGGACUGUGAUUCGGAUCACCUCCCAAUUGCUCUAGUGUUCGACUGGAACUGGCAACCAGUAAACCCAACAAGAAAGCGUCUAUGGACAAAGACAAACCUGGAAUUACUGCGGAAAACCGUUGAGACACGCCUACCUCGACCGGGUGACACCACAGAACUUAAAAACAAAGAUGGUAUCGACAAAUUCGUCUCCACCAUCAUUAGGGCACUGGAGGCGGGCAUCGCCGCAUCUACUCCAUGGUCAAAGCCUUCCCCUCGAUCAAUUGCGGGGUUCGACCAGGAGUGCAAGGACAUAUGCACCGAGGUCCAACAGCUCCGCCAGAGAUGGCAACGAUCAAGACAAGACGAGGACUACGAGGCCUACCGGGAAGCGCGAAACAGGAAAGGCCGACAUAUCCAAAAAAUCCUCCGCAACACUCACCGGCAACGAGUCGAAGAAGCAUCCGCAUCGCAGUCGGGUCUUUGGAACCUGGUUAAAUGGGCCAAAAACAGACACGACAUAACACCCGCAUGUACUCCGGCUCUGGUGAAACUAGACGGAGGGUCUGCUCACCGACCAGAGGAGAAGGCAGAAGUGCUCCGCCAAACAUUCUUCCCACCACCACUCCAGGCAGAUCUGUCAGACAUUGGGGGUUACGAAUACCCCCCACCCAUCGAAUGCCCGGACAUCACCGUGGCAGAGAUCGAGAAGGCAGUGCGCAGAGCCUCCCCGAACAAGGCCCCCGGAGCCGACGGCAUCACCAACGGAAUCCUGCACCAGACGCUUGAUAUCCUCCUUCCCAGCCUUCACAAACUCUUCAAUGCGUGUCUUGAACAGGGCUACUGUCCCACUCAUUUCAAAGAUACCAUCACGGUAGCCCUCCGAAAGCCAGGGAAAGACGACUACACGCAACCCAAAGCGUACCGGCCAAUCACUCUCCUCAGCACGUUGGGCAAGGCCCUGGAAGCCAUCAUUGCCAACCGACUUGCAUAUAUCGCCGACGUCUACCGACUCCUCCCCAGCCGCCACACGGGGGGCCGGAAAUUGGCCUCGACUGAGCAUGCCAUGCACUUCCUCCUCCAACAAAUACACCAGGCAUGGUCCGAAGGCAAGGUGGCCUCCCUACUCCUACUCGACGUGUCAGGAGCAUACGACAACGUCUCUCAACAACGACUUCUACAUAACCUCCGGAAACGCCGAGUUAGUGAGAGGAUCAUAGGGUGGAUAGAGUCAUUUCUAAGCAACCGAUCUACCACUCUCAAGCUACAGGAGUACACUGCACCGUCGGCCCCGAUUCAAACUGGAAUUCCACAAGGAUCGCCCAUCUCGCCGAUUCUGUAUCUUUUCUACAAUGCUGACCUCAUUGAAGUAUGCAAGACAGAGGAGACAGAGGCGGUUGGAUACAUUGACGACGUGUCAAUCCUGGCUGUAGGCCCGACCGCACAGCGCAACUGCAAAACCCUUAAGAAAAUCCACCGAAACGCCGAACAAUGGGCGCGAAGGCAUGGCUCCCAGUUUGCGCCAGCAAAGUACGAACUUGUCCACUUCACAAGAGACCCAAAGGCAAACAGUACGCACGCCUUGCGCCUACCGCACGCCACAGUCGAGGCCUCCCCAUCAUGCCGCUACCUGGGCGUCCACAUGGAUACCAAACUCCGAUGGGACUACCACCGCGAGAAGGUAGAAGCAGGGGCCACGAAACGACUCUCAGCAUUAUCAGCCCUGGCAACCUCAACAUGGGGAACAGGAGCUAUUAAUCUCCGGCAGGUGUACAGAGCAAUGAUCAUACCUCAGAUGCUGUAUGGCUGCUCCGCAUGGCAUAUCCCCGGUAAUGGCUACACGAGCCGAGGCAGUGCCAUGAUAAACGCCAUCAAGAGGAUCCAGAGACGUGCAGCCCAAAUAAUCACGGGAGCAUUCCGAACAACCGCCGGGCCAGCCGUGGACGUAGAGGCACACCUGCUUCCGAUACAACAGCAACUCGAGCAAACAGCGCUGGAAGCCACUAUGCGCAUACGAAGCUCCCCGUUACACAAUGACAUGGCGACAUCGAGUGAAAGCAAUACAAGAACCAACCGAAAGCGCGAUGCGCUGAGCCCCCUCGACCGUUUCUCGGGCAUCCUGGAGCACAAGUACAACGUAAAACUCAACCAGCUCGAGAAACGCCAACCGCAUGUUGUACCACCGUGGUGGACCCCACCUCUCAUCUGCAUAAAGGAUUCGGCCAAUGACGCGAUCAAGGAACACGACACCAUGGAACCGACGACGAUGCGCAUCUACACAGACGGGAGUAGCAUCAACGGUCACGUUGGGGCAGCAGCAGUGGCGCCCUCACUCCAGGACAACGGCAUCUGCAUGAAACGGACUCAAUACAUGGGCGUAUCCAGCACCUCCACGGUGUACUCGGCGGAACUCAAGGGCCUGGUGUUAGCUCUCCAGAUGGUAAUUGACAUCCAUGCAACUGGCACUGCCCCCGGAAAAUGCGCCAUCUUUACCGACAACCAAGCUGCCGUCCAAGCAGUCCGGAAUCCCAAGAAUUCGUCGGGCCAGUAUAUCCUCGUCGAAGCUAUACAAGUACUCGAUAGGCUGCGAGACCUUGGAUGGGAGGUGCAAUUUCACUGGAUUCCAGCACACGUCGGAGUACCGGGAAACGAAGAAGCAGACAGACUGGCAAAGCGGGCCGCCGACCCUGCCUUGAACACUGAACAACCCGAACCGGAUCUGAUACGGACGCUGCUGGCAACCACGAAAUCCACCAUCCGCCAGGCGAUGAAAGGCGAAUGGGAAACAUCAUGGGAGAAAGGAAAGCACGGUAGAGAUCUCUUCCGACUUGGGGCUCGACCGGGAAAAGUGACUCUCAACACACACAUGGGAACACACAGAGCAAUUAGCUCCGCGAUCACACAGAUGCGUACAGGCAAGAUCGGCCUCCGUGCGUAUCUUCACGACAUCAAUAAGGCCGACACCGACAAAUGUCAGUGCGGCUACGGACCGCAGACUGUGCGACACAUCCUCCUGGAAUGCCGGAACUGGGCAGAAGAACGACAUCGAAUGUGGGCAGGCAAGUCUCCAUGCGUGGACAUCAAACGCAUUCUCUGUAGCUCGUCAAUGGCAGUACAAGCAGCAAAGAUGAUGAUCAGGACAGGCCUCCUGGGUCAAUUCCAGGCGGUCCCGUCCACAGUACUCCAAUAUAACUAG